GCCAGGCUUUGCGUCCAGCACAUCACAUUCAGCAUCUGAAUGAAGCAUGGCGCUGCCAGCCGAGCGGCUAAAGCUGUGAGCUGCCGCGCUGGGUGAAAUCCUCGCCACCAUUUUUUUUACUGCUGGGUACUUUUUGUAUUAGGAUCCAAUGGAAGCUGCUGUGCUGAAUCUCCAAAUGAUGGCGGACGUCAACGGUAACAGUAAGGUUAUGGACGCCGAGCUGGAGGUAAAAAAGCUCCAGGAGCUCGUGCGGAAACUGGAGCGCCAGAACGAGCAGCUGAGGACGAGAGCAAACACGGCCAACAGCUGCCCCUCCGCUGGCCAUCUGUGUUCAAACUCCAGCUGCUCUGAACUCCUCACAGCGGGCCAGUUUUAUACAGGGAAUUACCCGGUUUCCUCCCCGUCCGUCACAGGUUCGUUUGGACCCCACACGACCGAGGAGCUUUAUCCGUAUUUCCAUCCUCAGAGGGAGGCGGAGAACAACGGCUGCGAGCGAACAGCGCUGGACGAGGCUGAAAUUUUGGACCUUUCUGCUCUUCUCCCCAUCGAUGGAGAGGCUGAGGACACCUGGUUGUUUGUGUCUCCAAAAGCAAAGCUGUACCCUCAGUCCCUCCUCAGCCCCCUGCAGUGGUGUAGACACGUGCUUGAUAACCCCAGCCCCGAGGUGGAGUUGGCUAAGCGUUCGUUAUGCUACCGACUAGAGCAAGCCAAAAGAUGGCGAGGGGUCCUCUCUGGCUAUGCCUCAUCUUCCCUUGCCUACAGCCCUAUAGAUGGACUCUCCUCCUUAAGCACUCCUGUUAAACCUCUUACUAAACCCACACUAACUGAACAAACAGCGCCAUCCUCUCCAUCCAGCCAAUGCUUCCUGCAGCAGCCUCUCACUGGGAGGAGUUGCGGUGGCCUGGCCGAGAGGUCUCCCUCAUUCCUCUAUCACACGGCUACUCAGAAUUACAGUCGUCCACAUGCAGCCGUCAGCCCACAGUCUUCCACGGACAAUGAUUUCAGCACCUCAGAGCUGGAGGAUGACUCAAUCUCUAUGGACUAUAAACUUCAGGACAUGACAGACGUGCAGGUCAUGGCCCGACUGCAAGAAGAGAGUCUGCGUCAGGAGUAUGCCACUACCUCGGCCACAGUCGCUCGCCGCAGCUCCAGCUUUUCCGUGCACUCAGGUUUGCGUCGACCGGGGAGGAGCACGUUGGAGCUGGAGGAAGAGGAGGAAUGUGAUGAUCUACCACCUCCUCAGCCUCGGCUCUUCCGUACAGGGUCUAUGCAGCGCAGUCUGUCCCAUUCAUACAACCUCUCCAGCCCCAGAGACCCCCGCCGCAGCCCCUCCAGCCCACAGUACCUCAGCAGCCUGUCCUACCAGCAUCUCAGCAACCCCAGCCCCAGUCCCAGCACAACCAGCUACACAGCCAACGAAGCACAGAGUUACCGCACCAGCACAGACAAGUUGCGGAGAAGUAUGCCAAACCUGAUACGAGCUCCCAGCAUGCUGUCUGUGCCAAGUGUCCCAAGCGUUGCUGCUCCUGCCAGCCACACAGCGUUCUCGUCAUUUUCAUCCUCAUCGUCCUCAUUACGCAACAGUCAGAGCUUUGACUCUUCAAGUGGGCUCGCCAGGCUUCAGACUGCAAUUCCCUCUCCAGGUCAGCUGCAGCAGCGGGUACAGAGUAUAGGCAACUUCUCCACAACAACACGACAACCUUUGAAGGCCACAGCCUACGUCAGUCCAACGAUACAGGGUCCUACCACAAUGCCUUCGUCAGUUAGCUUAAACUCUCUCUCCAGCAGUGGCAUCCCUCUCCCCAGUAAACCCAGCACCUCGUCCACUACAAGUCGCAGUGCUCUACCUCGACCAGCCUCCUUCGUUGGGACCACUGGGACCCUGCGCAGCAAAAUUGCUCAGCCAGUGCGCAGCUUACUUACGCCCCCAAAGAGCGUAGCUGCUUUGAACGCCCUGCGCGAUGCAAGCUGGAAGGAUGGAUGCUAUUGAUGCUGGAUAAAUACUGCCGUCCACAAACAUCCAACAGUAUUUCAAGCCCAGCGGGCUGGGCAAAGCUGUUGUUCACAAAUUGAAGCUGAUAAGAGAAGGAGUGUUACCAUAACUGAUGGUAUAAGAAGGAUAGCAGUGUUAAUUGCGUUAAUGCAAUAUAAAAAAGUAACUGCAAUAUGCCCUUUGGCCAAACAUUUUGAUUAGAGCAUUAUGCAUACAGUUGUUUACAUGCAAAUUACUCCCCUCUAAUUAACACUGUUUGUUAUAUCAAUGUUUGUUACAGAAACCAAGCAUCAAGUGAAAUGAUAAAUUAGUUAAGGCAAAUAUUGGUCAUUUUUAGUGCCUAAUGUCAAGUGUUUUUAAUGUCAUAAGUUUAUAGUCAAAUUGCGCUUUUACUGUUAAGUUUGUUAAAAAAGAACAGAUUAUUGCCAGUUAAGUUUCCUUUCACAAAGCACAUCUAGUACUACUGAACCUUUCCUCUCUAAAAGUUUCUAAAGAAGCACUUUUUGAUAAGUACAUUGGUGACUAGAAAAUGAAACUGUAACUGUGAAAACAAAGAUUUGUCAUGUCAAUAAUGGACAGGUUGGUUUUUGACAAUAUUACACAUACAUUAAUACAGUUCCUGUCAUAGUCUUGUUUUCUUAGUAAUUACUCUUCAAUUCUACAGUAAGUACAAAUGCCUCUUAAUGCAAAGUGCGACAUGCAUAAUUGUAUGUUUACAAGAUGCUCAUGUAAAGGAGCAUUGCUGAUGAAUUGCACAUCUAAAACACUUUUUGUUAAAAACAUGAAGGGAAUGCAAAUAAGUGUAUUUUAACAUUGAAAUAAAGGCUUU